AUGGCAAGACUUUUACUCAUGAUUUCGGCAAUUUGCCUGGCAAUUUCAUCCGACUGGGAUGAACUGGUUUUGGCUAAAGGCCGGGAAAGCUUGACCGAUGCUGCAAGAGCUAUUCUAUUAGAGUUCGAGACGGCGGUGAUCGGAGAGCCGACGAAGUUUCUGAUCACCGGAGGCUCGAUCCACCCGUUGAAUACGGCGGUGAUGGAUUACAUCGAUUCAAUCGUCGAUUACAAGCAGAUAUUGACGCUGCUGAUCGUGCGCAAACCUUUGCAGAUCGAUCUAGAUUUCUCAACGGAAUCAUCGAAUUCGCCGUUGGUGCUUCACUUGCUCUGCAUCAUCGAAACUCUGUAUCUCAACCUCAAGGCCAAAUCCAAGCACUACAAAGACGCAGCAUUGUCUAAUUUCUUCGUGAUGAACAACGUGCACUACAUCGUUCAUCGGAUCAAAGGCUCGUUCGAGCUGAGGGAGAUGAUCGGAGAGGAAUUCACGAACAGGUUAGCCAAUGAGUACAAUCUCACAGCCAGUUUCUACCUGAAUUCAUGGAAGGGCGUGUUUGAUUGCUUGGAAAUCGACUGUUUUGAGAGGCUCGGAGGCUUGUUUGCUGGCUCGUUUUUCUCGAGGCUGAGGUUUAAGGCCUUCCAAGCCAGGUUUAAGGAGGUUGUUGAAGCGCAGAGUGGUUGGAUCUUGGCCGAGGCUGAGCUUCGGAAGGAGUUUCGGAUUUUGGUUUUGCUGAUGAUCAUGCCUCUUUACACUGCGUUUCUUCAUAGGCAUGGGAAAAAUGUUGGGAGGCUGAAGCAGUUUGGGAAUUUUUGCGAUGUUGAGAAAGUUGUGAUGUGUUUGUUUGAAGGUUAG